AUGUCUAAAAAAGUUUUAUGUAAAAAUGAAAAAUACUACCUUAACUACAUAUGCAAUAAAGCAAAUGACAUUGCUUUAUUCUAUGUUCAAACAUAUAGAAGAAAGCGAAAGGGAAAGGAUCGAGAAGAACAUGCCAAUAUUGAGAUCGGAGGUUGUUUUGGCAAAAUUACUGGAACACCUUACUCAAAAGAAUCACAAAUAUUGGAAAUUUAA